CAUGGCAGAAUCUUUCAGGCUCACCAGGAAAUCUUCUCUCAUCCAGAGAGAAGAAUCAACAACAUUCCAUCUCAAAAAUAAAUAAAUAAAAAUUAUUUAGAGAUGAGAAUGUUGUUGAGAAUCUUACUAGUUGUCUACUUGCUCGCCGCCGUCGACGCUUGCUCGCCGUCGGAGCGGGCGGCGCUGCUAGCAUUCAGGGCGGCGCUGAAGGAGCCGUACUUGGGAAUCUUCAAGUCCUGGGCUGGAAAUAACUGCUGCGCCGGCUGGUACGGCGUAAGCUGUGAUCCUACUCACAAGGUCACUGACAUAAGCCUCCGCGGCCACUCUGAGGAUCCGAUCCUGGCCGGCCGGACCGGGUUCAUGGCCGGUUCGCUUGGGGUUGUGAAUUUGAGCAGGAACGCUCUGGAAGGGCAAAUUCCGGACGUUUUCUCUGCCAAUUCCUACUUCACGGAGUUCGACGUGUCGUUCAACGAUCUAAAGGGUCCGAUACCAAAAUCACUGUCGUCUGCACAAUACAUCGGGCUCGUGGAUUUUAGCCAUAACCAUUUAUGCGGGGCGAUACCCAUCGGGCCGCCAUUCGAUCACCUCGAAGCGUCGUCGUUUACCAACAACGAUUGCCUUUGCGGGACCCCGUUGAAGAGAUGCUGAAGAAAAUUUCCGGGUAACAGACCCGAUGGAUCCGGGUCGGCUUCCUGUUUCGGACUUGGGGAUGUGAUAAUAUAAAAUGCGGUGUGCGAGCGAGUGGCAAUUGUGAGUCUCAUUUAUUAUUUUAUAUUAUUAUUAUUAUUUAGAGAAUAUAUUUAACUACUUACCAAUGA